GAUUCAGAAACUGCGCUGUGAGUCCGGUGGCACUGAGCAAAUGGCAGUGAAUGUGAUCUGUGUGCGCGCGCCUGUGCCUUGACUGUGCCUUUUGCGCGCAGGAGACGUUAGCAGAAUCCCUUCUAUUCACUAUUAACCAUUACGCAUGACUGACCGGAUGGCGCACGCCGGACCAGGGCUCUGUGCUCCCCUGCCGGAAACCGGUCCACACGGGAACGGCACGCACAGUAACCGGACCCUGUGCCUGAACGCCUCGGAUAUGCACGCAGCUGGAAACAGGAGCCUGGCGGGGAACAGCAGCGGCGAUCCCUUCGGCCGUAAUGAGGAAGUGGCCAAGCUGGAGAUCACGGUGCUGAGCUUGACCUUCCUGGCGGCGGUGGCGGGUAACGUGAGCGUGCUGCUGGCCGUGCGCAACGCAGCCAAGAAGAGCUCGCGUGUGCACCUGUUCAUCAAGCACCUGAGCCUCGCCGACCUGGUGGUGGCCUUCUUCCAGGUCCUGCCGCAGCUCUGCUGGGAGAUCACGUUCCGCUUCUACGGACCCGACUUCCUGUGCCGCGUGGUGAAGCACCUCCAGGUGCUCGGCAUGUUCGCCUCCACCUACAUGCUGGUGAUGCUCACGGUGGACCGUUACAUCGCCAUCUGCCACCCGUUACGGAGCUUGCAGGGUGCCACGCGCCGCGCGCGCCUCAUGAUCGCGUGCACGUGGCUGUGCAGUGUUGUGCUCAGCACCCCGCAGUAUUUCAUCUUCUCCCUCAGCGAGAUUGAAAGAGGCUCGGACGUGUACGACUGCUGGGGUCAUUUCAUCGAGCCGUGGGGCGUGCGCGCCUACAUCACCUGGAUCACCGUGGGCAUCUUUCUCAUCCCGGUGUCCGUGCUGGUCGUGUGUUACGGAUUUAUCUGCCGCAGCAUCUGGAAGAACGUCAAGUGCAAGACGAAGAGCGGCGCGGCGCACGGCACGAGCGCGCUGAUCGGCAAGGCGUCGGUGAGCAGCGUGAGCACCAUCUCCCGGGCCAAACUCCGCACCGUCAAAAUGACCUUCGUCAUCGUGCUCGCCUACAUCGUGUGCUGGGCUCCGUUCUUCAUCGUGCAGAUGUGGUCCGUGUGGGACGAGAAUUUCUCCUGGGACGAUUCGGAGAAUACGGCGGUGACCCUGUCGGCUCUGCUCGCCAGCCUGAACAGCUGCUGCAACCCGUGGAUCUACAUGCUGUUCGGUGGUCACCUCCUGUACGACUUCCUGCGCUGCUUCCCAUGCUGUCGGAAGCUCGGGCACGGCAUCCGUAACGACUCAGACAGUAGCCUGAGGAGGAAUACGCUGCUGAGCAAACUACCUGCUGCCUGCACACCCACAAACGCCUCGGACUCAUGGAGGGACUCGCACAAGACCAGCCAGUCUGUAGCACAAGACUGUUCCCAUAAAGUCAACCCGUGCGUCCCUGCGGACUCUUCACACAAGAGUAGUCCCAGCAUAGACAAUCUGAACAAACACAGUCACACCAACCCGGCUCAAGUCCUAGAUACAGACAGCUGAAGACUGUUUUUAGUGCACUUUUGUCAACUAUGGUUCCAUUCAUUUGAAUGUUUACAUUUGCUUGCUGCUCAUUCAUGCAAUUAUCCAAUGAGCCAGUCAUAUAGCAGCAGUGCAAUGCAUGCAGAUCCAAGUCAAGAGCUUCAGUUAAUGUUCACAUCAAACAUCAGAAUAGGGAAAACAUGUCAUCUUAGUGACUGUGACUGUGGCACAGGUUCACCUAAACCGGACAGUUGAAGACAUUGCCUGGUCUUUAUUCAGUUUUGGAACUCAAUGUGGUCUUCUGCUGUUGUAGUCCAUCUGUCUAUAGAUGCAGCAUGUUCUGCAUUUUUGAGAUGCUUUCUUCUCACCACAGUUGUAAAGAGUGGUUAUUUGUGUUACCAUAGCUUUUCUGCCAGCUUGAACCAGUCUAGUCAUUCUCCUCUGACCUUUCUCAACAAGUCAUUUCUGGAUGUUUUUUGUUCUUCACACCACUGAGACUGCUGUGCAUGAAAAAACCCAGAAGAUCAGCAGUUUCUGAAAUACUCAAUGCCUCCUGACACCAACAAUCAUGUCACCGUCAAAAUCACAGUUUUUCUCCAUUCUGAUGUUUAAUGUGAACAUUAACUGAAGCUCUUGACUUGGGUCUGUGUGAUUUUAUGUAUUACACUGCUACCACAUGAUUGGCUGAAAGGAAAAUUGCAUGAAUGGGCAGGGGUACAGUUGUUCAUAAUAAAGUGGUUGGUGAGUGUAUUUUACACAUAGAACUGCAGAAAUAUUUGCUGAAUAAAUAAUGUAACUACCUGAAAUUACAGUAAUGCCUAUCACAGAUAUUGUAAUGCCUAGAUAAACUGCUUUAAAAAAUGACAUGAUGAAUGUAUGUUCUUGUCUAUCCAUAUUUGUCUGUCUUUGAAUUAUAUUUUUUGUGGCUCCACAUUUAAAUAUUGACAUAACAGUAGCUGAAAAUACAAAAUGUUUCACAUUGUCUUUUGGGUUUUUGGAAAUUCAUGUAAUUCAUGUAUGCAAAGCAUCUGGAUGUUAUGUAACUGCUGCUUAUGCCUGACCAGUGCAUUUUGCCUAAUGUGGCCGAAAGAGAAAUAAGAACUUUACCGUUAUUGCUCACUUGUUCUUAUAUUUUGUCCAGAUGUCCUGUCAUGUAAAAGUUUGCACAGGUUGUUUUUAAGGUUGCCUAUAAUUUAGGUAACUGUGACAAAGUGUAUUGUAACCCCAUAUAAAUCCUAUAAAUACUUCUAAAUAUGGUAAA